AUGGGCUUAAAAUUAAUUUGUGUUGUAUAUGUUCUAUUUAUAACUAAUGUACACACAUGGGAAUAUAAUAAUAUAAAACCACGAACUUCGUUAUCACAAUUCAGGAGAUAUAAUUUAAAUAAUCCGAUACACAAGGAUCAUUCUAAAAAUGAAGAGUUCGAAGAAAUAGCAAGAGCAAUUGGUAAACCUGUUAGAGGACUCAAAGAAGGUCUUGACGACAUGUUUAAGAGAGCCAAAAACAAGAGUUUCGAGGAAUCAAUAAUAGCCUUUACAAGUGAUUAUCCUAUGCCUCCUGAAAUUCUUAAAAGACUUAUUGAAUUGAAAACUGGUAAAACUUAUGAAGACGUGAGCACACGGUGGCGAAACAUGAAAAUAUUCAGAACUGAAGAUGGAUUUGCAAAGACCCCUAAUACAGAUGCUACUUCUACUAUUUCUACUACAGCCGCUUCUUCUACUAGUUCUGAUACUACUACUGCUACAGCUGCUACUUCAACAAACGAAUCAAGCCAUGCGUUUACUGAAACUGCUGAUCUAGUUUUUGAAAACAGGGAUAAAAACAAUCCAGAUGGCACAACUAAUUCAACAUCAAGAAUUACACGAUUUAGUACAGCAAUCAUCUAUGGAUUAAUCUGGUGCUUUUUUGGAUUUUUACUCACAAGGAUGUAAUAUUGGAAGAAAUUUGUUUAGUAUAUUCAAUGCGAUACAAAGCACUUAACGACCAUCGAAUGAGAAAUGAGACUAGAAGAUGGUAUUGUGUUUCUUAUUGGUUGAUUGUUGAUGUACAUUGAAUCUGCAAAAGAAAAGUCCAAUUUUGUAUUUUAAAUUAUUGGUGUUCCCAGCAUUUGUUUGUGUGUGCCUGCAUUUAAUUUUAUUCAAUAAUUUAUAGCUAAGUCCUCUUUCAAAUAGAGCUCGAUUUUCUCGCAAGACUAUAUCGCGUCCUACCUCUGCCAAUGAUUGUAUCGCUACGGCAGGUCUAACUGUUCGAAUAGAAGAUCGAGCUGUAUUUUAGUUAGGCCUAUAAGUCAGUCCUAUUUUCUUACGACACUAAUACUUAGAGAAAUAUUAAGGUGA